UGCGGAACGCCGGCAGCCGAGCGCGGAGAGGCAGCUCGGUUGUUAACUCCCCCCCCGUCCGCCGCGCGGACCCUUCCCCGGAGACCCCCCCCCCCACCGCAGCCAGCAUGAAGCGAGCUCACCCCGAGUACAGCUCCUCCGACAGCGAGCUGGAUGAGACGAUAGAGGUGGAGAAGGAGAGUGCGGACGAGAAUGGAAACUUGAGUUCAGCUCUUGGUUCCAUGUCCCCAACGACAUCUUCUCAGAUCUUAGCCAGGAAGAGACGGAGAGGAAUCAUCGAGAAGCGCCGACGAGACCGGAUCAAUAACAGUUUGUCUGAGCUGAGGCGGCUGGUUCCCAGUGCUUUUGAGAAGCAGGGGUCUGCUAAGCUAGAAAAAGCUGAGAUCUUGCAGAUGACCGUGGAUCACCUGAAAAUGCUUCACACUGCAGGAGGGAAAGGCUAUUUCGAUGCGCACGCCCUAGCUAUGGAUUACCGGAGUUUGGGGUUUCGGGAAUGCCUGGCGGAAGUCGCCCGUUACCUGAGCAUCAUCGAAGGACUAGAUGCUUCUGACCCUCUCCGCGUCAGGCUGGUGUCGCACCUCAACAACUACGCCUCCCAGCGGGAAGCGGCGACUGGCGCGCACGCGGGCCUUGGACACAUUCCCUGGGGAAGCGCCUUCGGACAUCAUCCGCACCUCGCGCACCCGCUCCUGCUGCCCCAGAACGGCCACGGGAACGCGGGCACCGCCGCUUCGUCCACCGAGUCUCACCAUCAGGGCAGGUUGGCCUCCGCGCAUCCAGAGGCGUCUGCCUUGCGAGCGCCCCCUAGUGGCGGCCUUGGACCGGUGCUGCCCGUGGUCACCUUGGCCUCCAAACUGUCCCCGCCUCUGCUCUCCUCGGUGGCCUCGCUCUCUGCCGCCUUCCCCUUCUCCUUCGGCUCCUUCCAUCUACUCUCUCCCAAUGCACUGAGCCCUUCGGCACCCACGCAGGCUGCAAACCUUGGCAAGCCCUAUAGACCUUGGGGGACAGAGAUUGGAGCCUUUUAAAAAGAACUCUAGAAUGAGGGGAGGGGAAAGUUUUAAGAAUCCCAGUUGAGCUGGACUAUUGCCAACAUCACCUUAAAAGUCGUCAGUAAAAGUUUAAACAAAAAGAAAGGAAAAAGGUACAUUUUCAGAUACUUUUUGUUAAAGACUAAAGGUUUGUUGGUUUACUUACUUUCUUCUUUUUACAUUUUUAUCAUGUCAUGUAUUAGCAGUUUUUAAAGACUAGUUGUUAAUUUUUGUUUAAAACAUUAAAUUUGGGGUAGUGAUUAUCCACACCACCACAUCGUGAUAGGUUUGUAUUGUGCUUGAUAAUACUUUGUAAGCCUGUCUAAAAAUGAUUCCAUUUUUGCCUCAAAAUUUGUUUUGGGUCUCUUUUAACAUUUAGUGUUUUGGGCCUGUUUUUCUUAUAUACUUGUGGUCUGUUUUUAGGAUUAAUUUUCCAAACCACUAUGCUCAAUGUUAAAAUGAUUCUGUUUGUUAAUAUUUUGACAGAUUAAAGUGAUGUAUAAAUAAUAUUCUUUGGGGGAGGGAAGCUAUACUGAAUUUUAUAUUUCCAAACAAAGCGUUGACAAAUCAGAUGAUGAGCUUUAUCCAAGAAUGAAGACUUAAAGAAUAUUCUCUGCCUCCUCCAGCACUCAGGCGAAUAUACAAACUAGCAAAGUCCUGAAUCUGUAGGACCAAGUGCUGUUGUCUGCAAGACUUGCCAUUCUGGCAAUUUCACACUUAGGAAAGAGUCACUGGUGAGUGAUGGCAGGGAAGACACUGAAGUCGAUUGUAGAGAACAUGCCUGCAUUUACCAGUCCCAAGCAAUGCAAUGAAUAUUCAAUCUCACGGAUCUCAAAUUCUCAAGUGUUCAACCUGGAUAAGAGAUCACGGUAUGCAGGUGGUCAAUUGGAUAGUGGAGUGGAACCUGUUAAAUGCAUCACCUAGCUUUCCUGGAACGGCCACAUUUUCUUUUAACUGGAAAUGUUUAUGUUGUUUCCCUGUGGGUGCAUGGAAAUGUGGUGGUUGAGAUACUGAAAAGGGCUAUGCUGCCAGCUUCUUUGAUUUAUUUAAUUUGGUCUAUGAAAGUGUCCUUUUUACAGGCUUGUUCCUUUAGCAGGUGUAGUUUCAACAACCUCCACUGAACUGGGUUUGA